GACGGGAAAGGGCAUAAAACCAUCCUCCGGACCGGGACCGAAGCUCAGUUGGUGCCGAGUGUCCGGCCGGAGUGUUGUCGUGUCGUUCUCUUGCAAGCCCUGUUGUGCCCAAACCUGUGGUUGUUUUGUGUGUGAGUGUGUGUGUGUGAUAACUCUAUUAAUAGGUCCUCCGGUUGUGUUGAUAAGGACAGAGUUGCUACAAAAGAAAGAAGGGCCACCGUCCCAAGUUGCAAGUUGCUGACGGUCGUUAGAUAAAAAUGGCCCAAACAGUGGGAAAGUACAUGUGCGUGGCAUUGUUUGCGCUGGUGACGGUUGCAUUGGGUCAGGUGGUGGCCCAAAGUGAAGGAGCCGCUGUGUGGGCCCCAACCUGGGCGGAAACUCUGAAGAAGGACCUGCUGAAGGGUUACGAUCCUUCGAUUCGCCCUUCGCAACAUUACAAUGUGACGACGGUCGAGACUGGCAUCACCAUUACGCACGUGGAGAUAAACGAAAUCAAAUCGACCCUUUCGGUGUACGGAUGGAUGAAGUUUAAAUGGUACGACGCCCGGCUUGCCUGGGAACCGCAGCUAAACGGUAACGUAACGCAACUAUUCCUCAACCAAUCCGCCAUCUGGCAACCGACGCUCGACGAAAAGGGUCCGCUCGUGAAGGUUACCAGCAAUGGUUUGCUGGAGUACACGAAUGCGUUACAGCAGCAGUCCAAGUGUACGAUCCAGUGGCAACGGUGGCCCUUCGACACGCAGCAAUGCCGGAUGUUGUUUUCCCCGUGGGCCGAGGUGGAUGGAAUGGAAAUUCACGUGAAAAUGUUAAAAUACGAGAUAGCCCAGGGAACCAUGUGGACCGUGAUGAACAUGACGCUGGAAACGCACACAGCCAUCGAUGUGCACGAAACGCCGUUACACCGUGGUACCCAUCUCGUGGUGGAGCUGAAGCGCAACAGUGGCAUCUACAGGAGCACCAUUACGGCACCGGCCUGCGUUCUGAUUCUGAUGAAUCUGCUCAGCUUCUGGCUGCCACCAAACUGUGGCGAAAAGCUCAUCCUCAACGCAAUCAAUGUGCUGAUCACAUGCAUGUUUCUGAUCCACUUUAAUGAGUACCUUUCGUACUACACCACCAGCACGCCGACCGUUGUAUUAUUUUUCGGCCAAAGUUUGUACCUAUCCGGGUUUUGUCUGCUGAUGACCGUCGUGCUCGAGUGCGUGGUGAAAUCAAACUCGAAAAAGCCGUUACAUCCCGCCCUGAAGAAGCUGAUCACAUUCGAGCUGAUCGCUAUGAUCAUUUCGACGAAUAAAACCGAUGAGAAAUGUCUCGGAGAUGAAAUGUGUGAAACGCUGCAGGAUGAACAGGAAGUGGAAGAAGCACCGUCUUCCACCCGGCACAGACAGACCGAUACACCGGAACAAGACUGGCUGCUGUUCGUCACACUGUUGGAGCGAAUCGUGUUCGCCCUAUACGUUAUCAUACUGUCCCUAAUGCUAGCUUUAUACUUUUAAUAAUGCACUGCGCACAGUGCUUUACUUACGCUGAAUAAAACGUACUUACGAGCAAACUAGAACUCUGUCAACCCGCGUCUCCAUCGCGAUCGUCGACAUCGAAGUCGGCGACUUUGGCGUAUCUCACUA